UUUCACCCAGAAUCUGUCGUCAGUUUUGUCGGAUCCGAAACGUUCUCGCUCUGAGGUGCAUGCCUUCUUCACUCGGCACUGGGGCGAUUCGUUUGUGCCGAAGACGCGAAUCGCUUCAUCGCCAGCCUUACCGGCCAUCGAUUUGGCACAUUUCAAAAACUAUUUGGAUACAAUUGCUAAGAAACAUUUGAAAUAUGUGAAAGCGAAGAGAGAGUUGAGCAGAUGUUUGACACGUCGUGAAGAGAACACAAGAACUGAUACAAACGACGUUCCGCCGAUCCUGCUAUCGCCGCACUUUUCAUUGGCCGAUUCGGAAACAUUUGAAGCGAUAUUUUUGGAACCGAAACAGGGCGAUGCGGAGGAUCAAUUGUGGAUGGUCGAUAAAACAGCGAUCGCAUGCUCAUCAAGCACGAAUCCGUUCGAUGAGGACAACACCACUCCAGAAAGCACACCAAAGACGUCACGACAAGCCGAUCGCAAAGUGUUAACGAAUUAUGCACUUCAGUCAAACGUGCGAUUCGAUGCGGGUCGCGGACGGGUAUUUCGAUCGUAUGAAACACUUCAGAAUCGACUGGAAUAUUACCAUGAUGUUGUUGAUUCAAGAUUGAAUAAUCAGCUGGCUGCAAAAUCGAACUCUUUUUGGAAAACGGUUAAGUCGUGUGGUAGUUUAUAUGGAGAACUGAAUGAUGCGCAAAAUAAAGUCAAAUGUUUACGGUUAGUUUUUGGAAAGAAAAAUCUCCAAGAGGUGAAUGAGAAAGUUUACUUGAGAAUGGUAAAAAUCAUAGAAUUGUACAAGAGGAGAGAGCAGCGUGAGAAAUUGCUUCAGAAAUUGCAGGAUAUAUCCUGCCUGCGAGAUGCACAAUUGACCGUUCAAAUGUUGUUGAAUCAGAGUGACUAUCCAAAAGCGCUGGAAUGCAUCGAAACAGCUCAAGAUGUGCUACGUUCUGACCUGCGUGGCAUUCUCUGUUUC